AAAAGAAAUGCACAAAGACGAAGAAGAGGGGCUCUGUUUCACUUGUCUUUCACAUUUCUGCAUGUGCUGCGUUUUCUCGACAGCACUGCGAAGUCCCGAACAUGAGAACAGCGUCUUUCUCAGCUUUUCUCUCCUUCUCUGCUGAUCUUCCUCGAUCGAAGUCUUUCUCACCUUUUCCUGUUUUUCUCUCUCCUUUACUUCUUUUCUUUCUCCCCUUUUUGCCCUCGUUUCUCCCCAGAGGCUUUCCGUCCCCCCGCCACACUGGUGGGAGGGUCGCUGUCUACCUCGCCCGCCUUCUUCGCAGGUUCUUCAUUUCUCAGCUUUUUUCAUCGUCUCUUUCUCCCGAGCACAUUUCUCCGGAGUAGACGCGCCAGUCGAAGAGGCGCAGUUUCUAAAGUUGCACCUCCGAAUCUUCCUUUCCUUUGCCAUCCUCUCUGCGGACUCUCAACUCCUCUCUGCCUGCGCCCUGCGCUCUCCAAGUCUGCUUCCUAGCGCGGAGUCUGUUUGAUCGAGUCGCUUGCAACUCUCUGUCUCUGAGUGAAUCCCUGCGACGGAGGCGCUGAAAGAGUCGGACAGAUCGUGGAGAGGAUGCAUGCUUGGACAGACUGGAGACUUGGCUUGCCGGCAGAGGCGGGAACGCUCUGGUGGAUCUUCCUGUGGCUUUCCCUCGGCGCGUGUCUGGGCCUCUUGGCGGCGGCCAGCCUCAGGCGCUUCCCGAAUAUAAGCCGAAGGCCGCGCCUGCAGAACGCCAGCAAGGUCACCCAGCGAGAGGGCGACGCAAAGAGCGACCCGGAGUCCGGCGACAGCGAGGAUGAAGACGGAGAGAGCUUCAAGAUGGUUUUGUGUGUUAGACAAGACCUGAGCAUGGGGAAAGGAAAGAUCGCAGCGCAGUGCGGUCACGCGACUCUCGGGGCGUACAGACAGGCGGCGCGGCGCCAGGACCCUUUCCUAGCUCCUUGGACCAUGUCUGGACAAAAGAAAAUUGCAGUGAAAAUCAAGGACGAGACAGAAAUGCUGGCUUUGCACGCAGAAGCAAAGAAGAAAGGAGUGAAUGCUUACGCCGUUUGUGACGCUGGCCGGACGCAAGUCCCUGCAGGCUCCUUGACCGUCCUCGCCGUCGGACCCGGCCCGGAGAGCCUCGUCGACGACGUGACUGGACGCUUGAAGCUGCUGUAAACAUUGUUCGUUGUUUUCUCUCUGUCGCCUUCUUCUUCCUCUCAGGUCGCCCACUUCUUUCUCGUUUUUCUGUCGCUGUUUGUCUCUGUUCUUUCCUCGAUCUGAAUUUCUUCACUGUGUUUGAGGCGUCCUCUUGCCUCUCGCUGCCUCCCCCGUAGCUCCUGCCUCACUUUGUGUCGCGUUUCCCCUCUCUUUGCUGCUUCCUUUCUCUCCAUUCUUCUUUUCAAUGUGCGUUUGAGAAACAACCUUCGAUGGUCGUACUUUCGAGAGCGCGUCUGAUGAGACCUGCGGUCAGGCCGCAGCCGGAAAUCCGGAAACGCUUCGAAGUUUCCUUUGCCGCCUCACACCUAGACGAUUCACUGCAGGUCUGCCUCCUUGCAUGCAACAUCUCAAACGCCACAAAAACAGAUCAUGUAACUAGGUAAACAUAUCUAUAAAUAUAGAGUCUGCAAG